GCACAAAAUCAGCUGUUCACUUUGUUUUUUUGUUCUUGAACCAAAAUAAUGCUGCGAAAUUAUAUUUUUCCAAAUAGCAAGUUGCGACAGACGCUGGCCAAUGUUUUGGCCAGAUGCAACAGCAGCAGCAGCGGCGGUGGCGGUGCAACAAUCGAUGCCGACACCAAACGUGAGGUGCAGCACCACGAGAAUCAUGCCGCAGAUUGGUGGAACCAGAACGGGUCAAUGGAAGCCUUGCAUGCCCUAAAUGAGAUACGUGUUCCUUUCAUACGCGAUGGCAUCGUUGCGCGCGGCAAUGUGAAGCCUCAUUACGUAAAUACCACAAAGGUAUUGAAGGGACAGCGGCUGCUGGAAGUCGGCUGUGGUGGGGGCCUGCUGACAGAGCAGCUUGCGCGCCUGGGGGCCCAGGUUACCGGCAUAGAUUUGGCCGAGAAGCUCAUUGCCGCCGCUCGGGAUCAUUUGACGGAGCUUAGCCCGGAGCUGUGCAGCAACGUGAAGUACAAAAUGGAGCCGGUCGAUCAGCAUGCCAAAUCAAACUGCGAGCGAUAUGAUGCCGUCAUAGUAUCCGAGGUACUGGAGCACGUGGACGAUAAAGUGGCGUUGCUGGAAGCGUGUGUGCGUAGCCUUAGACCAGGCGGUUCCAUAUUUAUCACCACGUUGAACAAAACUCUACCUAUGUGGGUGGCCGGAGUGGUCUUGAGCGAGUAUGUACUGAAUCUGGUGCCCAAGGGCACGCAUCAUUGGGAAAAGAUGAUUUCCCCACUGGAUGUUCAGCGCAUAUUGGACACGAUGAACUGUCAGACCGUGCUGGUUAAUGGCAGCACCUACGACUUCUGGCGCAACACUUGGCGCUGGAUAAACACUACCCAAAUGUGCUACGCUCUGCAGGCUGUGAAGGAAUCGGAUUGAAAUCAUAAUAUAUUUAAGAUAACUAAAAUUAAGUAUCUAUGUAACAACUAAGAAGGUUAAAGCAUGAUUAAACUAAGGCUGCGCUCAA